ACCAGGCAGCGCUUCCGGUGUAGCCGCGUCACGUGACAGAUGACGUAACGUGCUGACUGGUGACAAGUCAACUCUGCUCCUCCUCGCCGCUUCAACCGCUCGCCAAGUAGUUUUUUGUUGACUUUCGCCUCUCGUCGCUCUCCGGACACCGACAUGGACAACAGCGGCAAAGAGAAGGAAGCCGCGGCUUUGGUGGCCGAGGCCGAAAAGAAGUUGAAAUCGUCGCACUCGUUUUUCGGAGCGCUUUUCGGAGGUUCCUCCAAGCUGGAAGAUGCCUGUGACAUGUACGUGAGGGCCGCCAACAUGUUCAAGAUGGCCAAGAACUGGUGUGCCGCAGGGAACGCCUUCUCCCAGGCGGCGCGUCUCCACCUCCAGAUGCAGAGCAAACACGACGCGGCGACCAACUUCGUGGAUGCCGGGAACGCCUUCAAGAAAGCAGAUCCACAAGAGGCCAUCAACUGUCUAAAUCGAGCCAUUGAGAUAUACACAGACAUGGGACGCUUCACCAUCGCGGCCAAACAUCACAUCUCCAUCGCUGAGGUCUACGAGACAGAGAUGGUGGACAUCGACAAGGCCAUCGCUCACUAUGAACAAGCAGCAGAUUAUUACAAAGGUGAAGAGUCCACCAGUUCUGCCAACAAGUGCCUUCUAAAGGUGGCCACCUACGCUGCUCAGCUGGAGCAGUACCCCAAGGCCAUCGAGAUCUACGAGCAGGUGGGCACUCACGCCAUGGACAGCACGCUGCUGAAAUACAGCGCCAAGGAUCACUUCUUCAAGGCGGUGCUGUGUCACUUCUGUGUCGACAUGCUGAACGCUAAACUGGCUGUGGGCAAGUACGAAGAAAUGUUCCCCGCCUUUUCCGACUCUCGAGAGUGUAAACUGUUGAAGAAACUUCUGGACGCGUAUGAAGAACAGAACGUGGACGCCUACACUGACUCGGUGAAGGAGUUCGACACCAUCUCGCGGCUGGACCAAUGGCUGACCACCAUGCUCCUGCGCAUCAAGAAGACCAUACAGGAGGAGGAGAGCGACCUGCGCUGAUUUCCCAACAUGCACCCUGUUGCUGCCUUCAGUCUUGACCUUCACUUCUUUUCUUCUCCUCUUUGGGCCCAGUCCCUCUAAUCUGCCCCUCCCCCAGUCCUGGUCCGCGUCUUGUUCAGGUUUUCCACAGCCACCAGAGACAGAAAAGACAGACCUUGUGUUCCUGACGUGAAGGACGGUUACUGCUGGUCUUGCUCUCAAAACCAAACAGGACCUGGUCCUGGUCCCGGUCCCUAAACCAAACAGGACCUGGUCUCUGAGCUCCUUUUUUCAGCUUUUGCCCAAAACCUCUACUUUCACUGGCAUGGGAGCCUCCACUCCUUGCACCGUGUUUGUUGUGUGCUCUUGUCGUCACCCAGCAGGUGCUGCUCCUGAUGCAGUACUUGACUAAUCCUGAAUUAUGUCCAAACUAGAUUCAUUGAUCUACACCACGGGUGUUAAACUUGUUUUUAUUGAGGGCCACAUUUCAGUUAUGGCUUGUAAAAAUAAAAGUAUUGGCCUCAUGA